GUCUUAGAAUAAAAGCAGAGCAGACACAGAGCAGGCAGGCUUGACAACAGCCUGAGAGGCAAACCUCCUGUUCAGAGGAAGAGCCUAGGCCACAGCAGAGACAUGGAGCUCUCCUCAGCCCUUCUCCACAAAGGGCAGCUACCCUGGAGGGGACUCCUGCUGACAGCCUCACUUUUGAUCUACUGGAGCUCUCCCACCACGGCCAACGUCACUGUGGAACCAGUUCCGCCCCAUGUUGCUGAAGGGGCGAAUGUUCUUCUACUUGUCCACAAUCUGUCAGAGACACCCCAAGUCUUUUACUGGCACAAGGGAGAAAAUCCGGAUAACAGUAAUGAAAUUGCACGAUUUAUAACGUCAGAUAAUGUAAAUACAGCAGGGCCUGCAUACAGUGGCAGAGAGACAAUAUACCCCAAUGGAUCCCUGCUCUUCCAGAACGUCACUCAGAAAGACACUGGAGCCUACAUGUUGCGAAUGCUAAUGCAAAGCUAUGAUGAUAAGAAAGUAUCCGUGCAGUUCCAUGUCCACCCACUGCUACCCAAGCCCAGCAUCACAAGCAACAAUUCCAAUCCCAUGGAGGGUGACGACUCAGUCGCAUUAAUGUGUGAGCCUGAGACUGAGAAUACAAGCUACCUGUGGAGGAGAAAUGGCCAAAGCCUCUCAGAAGGUGACAGGCUGAAGCUGUCUGAGGACAACAGGACUCUCACUUUACUCAGUGUUGUGAGGAAUGACACAGGAGCCUAUGAGUGUGAAACCCGGAACCCAGUGAGCAUCUCCCGAAGUGACCCAUUCACUCUGAACAUUACNNAUGGUCCAGAUGUCCCGAUCAUAUCCCCCUCAAAUACUCAUUUUCGUUCAAGGACAAACCUCAGCCUCUCCUGCCAUUCAGCUGCUAACCCACCCGCACUGUACUCUUGGUUUGUCAAUGGAGAGCUCCUGUCAUCCUCCCAAGAGCUCUUUAUCCCCAACAUCACUACUAAUAACAGUGGAUCCUAUACCUGCUUCGUCUAUAACUCUGUCACUGGCCUCAAUAAGACCACAGUCAAGAACAUUGAAGUCCUUGAGUCUGGAGCUCACAGAUAGAAUGAAGCUGUCCCUGGACAACAGCACCCUCAGCAUAGACCCUGUCUGGAGGGAGGAUUCCGGGAAGUAUCAGUGUGAGGUCUCCAAUCCAGUUAGUUCUGAGAGGAGUGACCCCAUCCAGCUGGACAUAAUA